CACCCCUCCUCCUCCUCCCCUCCCCUCCCGCCGCCCCGCUCGGUGCCGGUGCCGGUGCCCGGGCAGCGCCGCCCCACGCCGAGCCCAGCCGAGCGGCAUGGCGGGCCGUGGCCGGGGGCUCUGCCGCCGCUGCCUGCCCCUGCCUGUACCCCUGCCUGUACCCCUGGGGCUCUGCCUGUGCCUCUGCCUGUGCCUCUGCUGCCUGCUGCUGCUGCCGCCGCCCGCCGCCGGCUCCUGGAGUCCGGCCGUGCUGCAGCCCGCCGGCCGCAGCAACUGGUGCUCCUACACGGUGACACGGACAGUGUCGUGCCAUGUCCAGAAUGGCACCUUCCUCCAACGGGUCUUCCAGGGCUGCCGCUGGCCCCUGGCCUGCACCGGGGGCAGCAGCUACCGCACCAUCGUCCGGCCCAUCUACAGGGUGACCUAUAAGACGCUCACGGCGCUGGAGUGGAGGUGCUGCCCUGGGCAUGCUGGGGCCAACUGUGAGGAAGAGGCUCACACCUCCCUCACCCUGCGGGAUUCUGGGCGCCCCAGUGCUACCCUACGCCGGCCCCCCCUGCACCCCACGGCUUUCUCAGGGUGCUUGAACUGCAGCCGUGUCUGGGAGCUUACAGCCCGGCUCGCCACCCUUGAGGCACAGGUAGCCCGGCUGUCAGUGGCUGAACGCCGCACCUCCCCAGCACCCAAAGGCAGCACCCCGGGCAGGGGGCCGGAGACCAGACAGCUCUGGGGGUCUCCAGCUGCCCAUGGGAGCCCUGGGGAUGAUGGGAGACCCAGCUUGCAGGGGCCCCCCGGCCCCUCUGGCCCCUCGGGAGAUGUCGGAGGACAGGGACCAUCAGGCAUUCCCGGGGUGAAGGGUCCAACAGGGCCACCAGGUCCCCCUGGCCCCCCAGGACCACCCGGCCGGGAUGGAGCCAGGGGGCUCCCUGGAGAGAAGGGCCUACCGGGGCCCCCCGGCCCUCCAGGGCCCCCUGCCCCUUUGGGGCCAGCGAUACCCCGCAUAGCUGUGCCCAGGGACCCACUCCUCUCCAACACCUUCAUUGAAGCUGCCGGGGGCAUCGUGGGUCCUGCUGGACCCCCUGGACCCAUGGGCCCCAUGGGUCCCCCCGGCCCCCCAGGUCCCAUCGGGCCCCCUGGCCCCCCAGGACCCGAUGGUAGAGCUGGGGCACCUGGAGCCGCCGGCCCUCCUGGGGAGAGGGGAGACAGGGGUCCCCAGGGCCACCCAGGCAGCCGUGGCCAGGAUGGGGCACAGGCCCUCUCCUUUCUGUGUUUCAGGGCGAGCCGGGGCCCAGGGGCGAGCCAGGCGAGAAGGGCACUUGGGCCAGUAGCUUCCAAACCCUCCUGCGGCAGCAGGCCCGGCUGGAGGUCCUGGCUAGAAGGGUCACCUUGCUGGAAGCCAUCAUCUGGCCAGAACCAGAGCCCGGCUCAGGCAGCGGUCCCCCCGGCACAGUGGCACCCAGGCCCCCCCGCAGCAAGCGUGGCAACAGCCAGCCCCCCUACCGCAUUGUGGCCCCCCACCAGCAGCCCCCCAGCAAGCAGUGACAGAGCCGGGGGGCCGUGUCACCCCCCCCCCAACACCCUGCGCCUGCUGCUGUGCCAGUAUGAGCAGGGGCAUCGGCCCGGGGGGGGCAGGAUGAGGGCCACCCCCCAUGUCCCUGUGGUCCCACAGGGCACUUGGUGCUAGCCGGUGGCACGGCACUGGCCCCCCCCCCCGCCUGCUUUGGACCCCUUCACUGCUGCUUGAACGCCCCUGGGGGGGGUGGCAAAGGGAUGCCAGGGCCACUCUGCCCCUUUUCUGCCCCCACCCCACUGUGCAGCUCCAGGGUGCUUAAUUUCUUCCCCAGCCUGAGCCCCCGUGGCUACCCCCGUGCCAGGGAAGGGGCUCUGGAGAAGCCAUCAGUGGGACCCCACCAGGUGGGGACCCCACUGCACCAUGUGCUUUGUCCUGCUGCUUUGGGACCCUCAAGGUCAUUAAAUGCCUCCUGAACUUGU